ACAUGGCUGCGCUCUGGUAAACAGCAUAGCACUCAUUUUCAAGCUCUGUUAUUUAUUUUUCCAAGAGCUGUCGUGCAUAGGUUUGAGCGGACAUGUCGGACAAAGAGGUCGAUAAGGGAAAGGAGAGUCCCAGAGAAAAAGGUUACAGGACACCCGGGCUGAGGGGCGCACAGACCACCACACUGUUCCGAGCUGUCAACCCUGAACUCUUCAUAAAACCUAAUAAACCAGUGAUGGUGUUUGGACUGGUGACUAUCACCUUGUGUGUGGGCUAUCUGGGCUACCUGCACGCCAUGAAAGAGAACGACCAGCAGCUGUAUGAGGCCAUCGACAGUGAAGGAGAGAGAUACAUGAGGAGGAAGACUUCCAAAUGGGACUGAACACACUCCAGAGCACUAUGUGUGUGUUUGUGAACUGUACAGAGUGAAUUAAAGCCUGGCUGGACUGAAACAAGUUUUCUCUAAAUGCUUCAAUGACCUUAAACUGGAAAAUUUAAAAGCAGACAUAAUGCUGAUGACCAUCAUACUCUCUGCUUUCUAUCAUUGUAAAUUGAAGGUCUUUGGCUUUUAGACUGUUUGUUGUUGUUUUUAAUUUGUACAUUAUGAAAUCACAGUGUCACAGGGUAAAACAGUGACAUUUCAUGAAAUAAAAACUACUUUCAUGAAAAUGAAUUCCAAUAAA